AUGAACAGCGAGGACGCGGCCACGCGCGCAGCCAAGCGCAAGCACGCCUCCUCAGGCGGCCGCAAGCUGCUGCGCUGGAACGCCGCCCGCUGGCAGCUGUUCGAGCGGACGCUGCUAUACACGAUGCGCCUCAAGAGCGCGCCGCUUUUACACCUGCGCGCCCCGCUCGCGUCUUUGUACCAACCGAUUGUCGGCACGCGCUCAGGGUCUGUAGUGAAUCUGGGGCUUGUAACUGACGCGACAGGCAGCGACACGUGUCUGCACGAUGUCAAGUGGUUGCGGUUAUGGUUGUGCUGUGGGGGUGAUUGUGAGGGAAUGGGAGGUAAUGACUGGACAAUUGUAUGGGCUGAUGAGGAAAUGGGUCCGGAGGUGCACGACAACGGGUUGGCACAAGCAAUUUGCAAGACGCUAUUCGGCCACUUACAGGGCGACGGAAAGGACAUUUAUAUGGUUGUUUUUGGGGCGGAUGACUAA